AUGGCCGAGACAACCCCCAAGAAGAAGGAACCCACCGCCUCGGAAGCCAUGUUCUUCUUUGCAAUUGUCAAGCAUACCCGGAACAAGGCAGACAUUGACUGGAACUCCGUGGCCAUGGAACAAGGGUUCAAGAACGCCGAGGUAGCCAAGGUCCGCUUCGGCCAAGUCAAGCGCAAGCUGGGAAUCUCUACAACCGACUCCCCUGGCCAGAGCGCGGCACCACGAACCCCAACCAAGGUGAGGAGCGCGGCGGGUACGCCCACCAAGGUGUCCAAGGCUGCGGGACGAGUUGGAGGAAAAGGGAAGGGGAAGGGGAAGGGGAAGAAGGGGGCUGUAAAGAAGGAAGAAAGCGAGGAGGAGGACGAUGAUAAUGGCGACGACGACGACGUUGAUGACUCCGUUUCGGCGGUAAAGAUGGAGGAGGAUGGUGAUGAGGAUGAGGAUGAGGACGAUGCGGAGCUGCAUAGGGAGGUCAAGCAGUUUCUGGAAGAGGAUCCUUAUUGA